AUGGGAAACGCUCAUAGUAUCCCCGGCCACGACUGCCUCCUCGCGGCAGUCGGUCAAAACUCGAGUCUUGUGGCUUUCCAAGGUGACCCCUUCUUCACCUUGCGAACGCCUCCCGUCUACAACCUAGACCGUCCAGUGACUCCCAUCGCUGUCACCUUCCCCGAAAACUCGGAACAAGUUGCUAGCAUCGUUCAAUGCGCAGCUACCAACGGUUACAAAGUUCAGGCGCGCAGCGGCGGACACAGCUAUGGCAACUACGGCCUGGGAGGAGUUGAUGGCGCGGUGGUGGUCGACUUGAAGAAUCUCCAAGAUUUCUCAAUUGACCCCUUCACGCAAAUCGCCACUGUUGGAUCCGGAACCUUGCUUGGAGAUCUUCACUCACGCCUUUACAAUGCUGGUCACAGAGCCGUGGCGCACGGCGCCUGUCUGAAUGUCGGCAUGGGUGGGCACUUUACAAUUGGAGGCCUAGGAGCAAUGUCGCGACAAUGGGGAAUGGCCCUUGACCACAUCAGAGAAGCUGAAGUGGUACUUGCAAAUGGAACCAUCGUCAAUGCAUCCUCUUCCCAUAACCAGGAUGUCCUGUUUGCCAUCAAGGGGGCUGCUGCAAGCUUGGGCAUUGUCACCAAGUUUAAGUUGCACACUCAUGCAGCACCCACACAUGCUGUGCAGUACUCCUAUACACUCAACCUGGGCACCACGGCACAGAGAGCUCAGCUCUUCAAAGAUUGGCAGCGGUUCAUAUUUACCAAGAACCUUACUCGCCGGGUCUCGAGUGAGCUCCUGGUGUUUGAGUCCGGGAUCUUGCUCUCGGGGACUUUCUUUGGGUCUGCCAGUGAGUGGAAGAGCUUCGAAAAGGAGAUGAACUUCCCGGCUACGGAUAAUGGCACUGUGAUCGUUUUAACGGAUUGGCUGGGCAUGAUCACGAGCCAAGCGGAGGAUUUCAUUUAUCAGGUUGUGGGGGGUAUUCCAACUUCGUUCUAUGCCAAGUCCAUGUCCUUUACGGAUCCAAUCCCAAACGAUGGCAUUGAUUCCCUCUUUAAAUACCUGGACUCUGCAACGAAGGGGACACCAACCUGGUUCAUCAUCUUCGAUCUGGAAGCAGGUGCCACUAACGACGUUCCAGUCAAUGCCACAGCCUACGCGCAUCGAGAGACAAUCAUGUGGAUGCAGUCGUACGCAGUGAACCUUCUGGGACCAGUCUCGCAGACAACCAAGGAAUUCCUCAAAGGCACCAAUGAUGUGGUCUCUACCUCUCAGCCAGGCGUUUCGCAUGGCGCAUAUCCUGGCUAUGUUGAUCCCUUGCUUGAAAAUGCUCAGGAGGCCUACUGGGGGUCAAAUCUUCCGAGAUUGCAGAGCGUCAAAGCUCAAAUUGACCCGAGUGAUGUUUUCCACAAUCCACAGAGUGUCCUGGUUGUUCCAGACCAACCUUAG